AUGUUACGCGCUUCGGAGCUCAAGAAGUCCCCCAACUCCUUGGGGGAUCCAGUUGGGAGGGAAGUUUGCGUCAAGUACGAUGAUCGGAAGAGUUUGUCACCGGCUUACGUAAAGUACGGUCGCGAUUUAGCUAAAUUGUCGAGUUUGAGCAAGGACUGGAAUGUGACUGUGUUCGAUUCUUCGCUGAACCAAGCUGUUCUUCCGUGGAUGGUUAUUUCGGGAUCUAGCGGCAAGCGGAUCGUGAUCAAUACCAACGAAAAAGGAAUAAAGCUGUUCGGCGAUAAGGAUGCUAGUGGAUCUUCAGUUCAAGGGGGAGAUUCCACGAAAACUGAAGAACUGGUUCAGCCUGAUUCAGCAGUGCAUCUGAUGAGUGCUAACGGGAAGGUUUUUGCUUUGACUUUGGACGAUAACCACCUGGUUCAGAACUUUGAACUGUUGAAUGGGAAAUUGGAGGAGAAGGACUAUCCAGAAAUUACUGUUAUGGGAGGCAAGAUUAUCCCUGUGAAAAAGUCAAGUGGCGAUACCGAGUAUUUGGCUCACUGCUCUGAGAAAAAGCUUACUCUGUACAAUUUGAUGAAGAAUGGCAGUGGAAAAUCUAUUAAAAUGAACGCGAUCUGUCAGAAACUUUUCUACACUGAGAAAAAGCAAGUUUUGCUGAUUUCAGAUGAUGGACUGCACGUAUUGUCACUUGCUGGUGACAAGAUUUCACCAAGCUAUUACUGUUCUCACUUUUCAAAGGGUGAUGGAUGGAACAAGAACUUCUACGACACAAUUCAACUAUUGAAAGUAGGAAAUGAAGAAGUAUUGCUUUCAACCGGUCCCUAUGGCAUUCAAGUUGUGAAGAUCUCCAACGAGUGCAAGGUCUACACCAUACAAGACGAUCCCAACAAGGUCAAACACGUUGCGAUCGGUAACGCCGUCGACAAAGGCCCAAACCAAAUCGAAGUGACAGGCUACUACAACACGAAGUUGUACUCGUUCACAUUGACCUUAGCCGAGUCCGAGGCGAUUCCGGAACCAACCGUUGGAGAGCCCCAACAACGCCCUCAACCAACUGUCCCAAAGCAGGACCCCAAGUUCAAACCAACCAACAACUUCGCCAAACCAACGCGCUGGCUGGUGGACACUCUGGACGAGUCCCACUUCCGGAACACCGUGAACAAGCUGACGGGGCGGGUGGAGUUGGCGUUUCCGCUGGUGGACCUGCAGGACCGGUUCGGGGUGCCGAUCAAGCUGAUGGCGUACUACCGGGAGGGGCUAGGGGGAGAGCAGACGGGAGUGCUGGGCCGGCACUGGACUCUCGGCAGGGACUGCAUCGUGCUGGAUGAUAAGGGGAGCGUGUUCGGGGAGAUGCACGAGUACUUUCUGGUUAAAGAUCUGGUGAGGAUCAGGUUGGUUAAGCGGGAGGUAAGCGGGGAUGUUCUUAAGUUUGAGGUUGAGGGUAAGAAAGAGUUGAGCGUAGAGUAUCGUAGAAAGGAGGAAAAGUGGGUGGCUUCAAAUGGUGAGGUAACUUAUGUUUAUGGGGCAAAGGGUAAAGUAACGGUUCCAGCUUUUGAGAAUUGGUACGGAGCAGCCGCAAAAUAUGAGAAAAACACGAUUGAACAUGCUGUUCAGUGGAACUUGAUUGAAAUAAGCAGAAACGUCGAUAAAAAUGUUAAAUUAGAAUUCAGCUAUGAAGAACAAGGGGGUAGUUCUUAUGUUACACAUCUUAGCACUAUUAAAGAUAAUUUAGGCACGGUAAUAACACUAAAAUAUUCUAAAAAUAUUGAUAACCGCAAUAAUCCGUACAAAUCAGAUAGUGCAAAGAAGGUUAAAGGGCAUAACUUCGAUAACAAUAAAUUACUAACCAACAUAGAAAUAGAAACACCAAGUUACACACAAAAACUAUUUGUAAAUACCACAAAAAUCAAAGAAUCGUACUACUUGCACGAAAUAAGCCAACAAGCCGAUGGUGAGCAAUAUACUGUAGUGAAGUUUGACUACACUGAUCAAAAUUCAGACGUCAAACUUAAUCAAAUUCGGCUACCUUCUGAUAACAAGUUGAUUUUUGAGUACAAAAACGAAACUAUUUCUUCAGAAAAAUAUCAGCAGAAUAUUGGAAAGCUUGUGGAUUUUUUCACCGGUCCAGGAUAUUCAGUGAAAAUUGCCCUACAAAAUGGGGAUAAAUCAUUGAAAAUCGAACUAAAGGAUAACGCAGGGUUCAACAACUUUGUUAAGGAGCAAAAGCUUGAGAUCAAUGAGGGUAAACGAAUUGCAUCGUAUAAACCAAUUUUACAGCAGAAUUACCUGGCAAUUGUUGUUGAUUUAAAAGUAGAUGAAAGUAAGACAAAAGAUGAACAUGAGGAUGAACAAAUAUUAAGCAAAAUUUAUGUUUUUGACAAAGAUGACGGACAAAUUUGGACACAAUACAGCGAAAAGCAAUUUGAAUAUGAGCAUUUGAAGAGUGUAACUUUUCGCUGUGAAUUUCAAGAAAAUUUGGUCAUGUAUUUUGAUACAGCGAAAAUUAAUUUCAUAUCAUUGAACGGCAAAGGUAAAACGUGGAAUCAUUCAGAGAAAACCACUGGUCAAGUAGUAGCGGUGACAUUUUUCAAAAAUGGUGCAGUUUACUAUUCUGACGGUUUGAACCUUGUUCGAAUAAAUGAGAAUACAACAAUUAUAGGACCAACAAAGAUUAGUAAGACUCCAGGGACUCCAAACAUGAAGAGUUGGGAAAGUUUCUUCAAACACAUAGACGUUCAAGCUGUCGACAACUCUUCAAAGGACUCCAUCAAAAAAGAUAUUGAAUCAUAUCGAAAACAGCUUGCUCGAUUGAUUAACGAUUCUUCGAUGGUCAUGUACAACAAUUUGCUGGUUGUUCGAACCAUUGAGUUGACUGCAAGUGGUCAAAUAACACUUAAAUUGUUUUUAUACUUACUCAGUAAGGAAUAUACCGUUGUUCAUAGUCAGAUCGUGGACAUACCUGGGGAAGAUUUGAAUAAGAAAGAGUUGAAAUUCGAUGCACUGGAUGAGUAUAGAUCUGCAAAGGUAAAUGUGAAUGAUUUGGAGCAGUAUACAUUCAAGUAUUUAAAGGAAAAAGAAAAGUUUAAACUGAAAUUUCAACAAUCGACUCAAAUCAAAUCUGGCAAAAAAGUAGAACCAUCAGAUAAACAAAAGAAAAAGAUUGCAAUCAUGGAACGCAUGAUGAAGAUUCCACUGGAUUUCGAACGAUACACACUGCAGAUCAACAGCGAUGGCGUCAUCUGUGGAAACCAGUUGAUUUAUCACGAUGGAAGUGCUUUCAAAACAUCACCUUUAGAUGAAAAGUCACUAAAGCUGGAACAGUUUCAGCUACCAGUUGGGGAUUCUUCCGUACUAAAGAAGGAAAGCGUAACCAAUAACUUGAAGUUUUGCACGAAAUUUGAAAAGGAAGACUGCUCAAAUUUGGAAUCUUCAUCGGCUCGUAACGUAUCCAUCAAAUAUCCACGCUACUUCAUAUCGCAGAACAAGGAAACGACCUGGGUGCACGUUCUGAAACCCAACGGGAAAGGCGUCCAAGAGAAGGUUUCAUUCCCCAAGGAAAUGGUUCACAGAUCGUCCAGCCAUUCGACGUUUGUAGCAACAAAACUCGCCGACAACAGUACGCACGUGAGACCGUUCAGAUCGAUCACCAAAAGUAACGCAAUCCAGGUUGAAGUCGUGUCCAAAGAAUCGCUCAAAUCAGCCAACGGAGAGCAGAGUAUAAGCUACGAGUACCAGAAUCCGGUGCUGAGUGAUGACCAAGUCAUGUUUAGGACUACUUUAGUUAUUCCUGGAAGCAACAAAAGAGCGUUUGGAUUUUACCAGGAAUCUGUGGACUUCAUCACCAAUGAACAGGUCGUACAAGUCAUGGACAGUGAAGGCAAGUUGUUUGAUCCAGAAUACAUGAAGCGUAUGAACGAAGUCCGGGAUGAGCAGCAAAAGCAACGAGAUGAACCGGAAGUGGACGGUAAGCAGAUGAUUCUGGACAAGAGUGGUACGCUACCGAUUUUGAACACUAAACCUUAUGUUGGAGUUGAUCGAGCGAUGAUCAGCUUCUUCAGCUUUGAGGACUACGAGAGUGGAGAGGGUUGGACGUAUGAUAACAAAGGUGUUAUACGUGAUGGAUUCUCAGCAACUGGUAGGAACUACCUGAAGCUAUCUAAAGGACAAAGCAUCGCUAAAAACUUCAGUCAGCUUAGAUUUGAGGGUCACUUUGUCUUGAGUACAUGGAUUCGAACUACAAAACCUCUAAAAAAUGGAGAAUCUACAGAUAUGGUCACACUAGAAUUGAAAACUCAACCAAAAUCCACAGUACAAGGAGUCAUCAAGCAGCAUAUCAACGACUGGAUCUACGUCGAAGCGAACACAUCAUCCAUCGAACGCCCAUCAACUUCCAAUGCAAAGAUCGACCUCACAGCCAAGAUCGCAUCGACGAAAGCCGAAGAACUCCACGUGGACCACGUCCGACUCACACCGUUGAACUUUAACUUUGAGGCACGCGUCUACGACUCCAGAACAUCCCAGCGGGCAGCGACGAUCCACAGCAACGGGUGCGUCUCGAGAUUCGUGCACGAUGACUACGGUCGCCGCAUUGCGGAGAUUGACGAACUUGGCGGCAUCAAAUACUUUACGACUUAUGCCGUCGAGAAAGGUAGCAACUCUCGGCUGCAGAUGCGACCAAAGGUGGGUUUUAUGGAGAGCUUUUCUCCGUACACGGCUGGAGGUCGUUGGAGAACGGCGAAAGAACAGAAGGUUGAGCCUGGGAAGAUUAGACUCAAUGGUGAGCUUAAGUACACUGGGGAACUUGCUGGUGAUGCACUCUGCGUGAGGAUGAUGUACGACCUUCUAAGCUCUGGGAGCUUUAAUGUAAAAAUUGCUGGAAGGACUGUCAAUAUCUCGAAAGCUGAGAUAAAGCUGAACGAUAAAAAGUAUAAAACCCCUCCGAAGCAAGCUGAGUUGAUCAUUCUUGGCACUACAUCCUUAACAACUGUGUGGAUUGAGGGUAUCAUAAUACUAGAAGAACAAAGUGCUCGUUCAAAAUCUUCAGAAUUGUCAAUUACAUCGCAUUCCAAGGUAGAGAUUCGUGACCUCGUCGUUAUGGAGUCACCUCAAGUCUUCGUAUCCUACUUGAACUAUGAUUCGAAGCCAAUCCAGGAGAUCAUGCUGGAAGAUGGUAGCAACAUAUUGAUCCGUCAAUUAAUCUACGACGAGAUUGGUCGUAAGGUAGCGGAGACUAUUUGGACCAGAAUACCCAUAACAGAAUUGGCUUCUAAAAAAUCUGGAUUUUUGACCUAUCAGAAAGACUUCGUAACAAACGAUGAUCUUUCGAAACCUACGUCAUUUUUGAAAACAAACGAUGGUAAAAUGACUGGGUUAGUCCACGAUCACAACCAACUCUACGCAGGAUAUCCGUACUCCCAGAUCGUCUAUCACCCAAACCCUCUUGAGAUCCGUCACAAGGUAGCCCAACCAGGUGAGCUGUACUCCUUCAAAAAAGGAAGCUUUCUUCACACCUUCGACAUCACCUCCAGCGUUCCCUUCAUCAAAUCCAACUACCCUAGCGCUGAAGGAUUCCGCUGCGAGGAAGAACGCAAACCCAACGGAAUGACCCAGGUUACGGUGUACAACCGUAGGAACAAAAAAGUCGCCCAGUACAUCUCAGUACGGGACUACAAAAACGCACUGACGACCUACCUGUACGACGAAUUUGGAAAUGAGAUCCAGAAGUUACCACCGAAGUUCUACGAGACUUCUAGUACUGGAAAAAUGAGUCCGGAGAAGGCCAAGCGAGAUACUGCGUGGGCUACCAACUCGGAAUACAACAAGGAAGGAAAACUGUUGAUGAUGCGAUCUACUCCGGAUGGUGGUUUGGUUGAGUUCAUCUACGAUGACUACAGUCAGCUGCGAUAUCAACUGCAUUACAACGAAGCGAAACAGGUUGAUAAGAUUGUUUACUUCCGGUACAACUUGUACGGACAGGUCUACGAAACGGGCAGAUUGAAUGCCACUGCAGGAUUGGCAGAUAAACUUCGGAAGGACGUUAACGCAGAUCUACCAGAUCGAAGUCACGUCCUAUACUUUGACUACGGUGAAACCGAUUCGGAUCCAGCGAUGAGGGGUCGUACCCAGCGGGUGAUCAAGCAGAACGGAGAUCUUCAGUUCAAGCAAGUGCUGUUCUACGACGAGGAUGGCAACGUACUUCGCAAAAGCUUUUUGAGUCAGAAAGCCAACGAAACGCUAUCGCUGGACUACCUCUGGAAGAACGACCAGAUCGCCGGGAUUCGAUAUCCGUUCUUCGUGAAGGGCAAGCAGCUGGUGCUGAGGUAUGAACACAACUUGAGAGGGGAGGUCACCUCGAUCGGCUUGAUCGACGACAAAUCGGAAACUCCGAUCGUUAAACUUGGUCAUGACGCCCAAGGUAAGGUCACUGAGAUAUCCCAUCAGUACGGGAUGAAUAAAUUCAAUCAAUCUUACGAGUAUGAAGCUCCCGGAUAUUUAAAAAUGAUCAAGAAUCCUUACCUAACGGAAACGCUGUACUACACGGAGAAAGGCUACGGUGCGGAACCCGUUGGAGAUGGUAGCAUCCUGCGUACGGAGUUCCAUGCCACGUGGCACAAUGAAUGUGAUCAAAACUUGAUCCCGUUGACGGCAAGGGCGUUCAUAUCUGACAGGUUGAACGCCAAAUUGGCAGAACUCUGCUUUGACGCGCUGUUGGAGCGAGGUUAUUUCGACGGACAGGGUCGGCCCUUGAAGUCGUACUACCCGGAUCUGGAGGUGGACAUGCCGAUCAAGUGUUCAACGGGAUCGACGUGGGAGGGCAUUGCAACGGGGAUCUUGGAACGUGGAUAUCCGGAACACUAUGGACAUGCGUACGACUAUGGGAGCCACAGUGAGUUGGUUGCAGCAAAGUACUUUGUUGGGGAUGAGGGAGAUACUUUGGAGCUACCUUGGAAGGCGAAGAACUUUGAAGAUCAGAUGAGGAGAGAGUUAUCUGGUGCUGGAAGAACGAUCAACCUGACCCAGGUGUGGAAUGAGUUGAAUGAAGCAAAGAUCUACAACAGGGUGCAAGGCGUCAAAGCAUUGUUCACUGCAAGUAACAGUAAGUUGGAUCCUAAUAGUAUAGAAAACGUUGCUUAUAGGUAUUUCGCUGCCAAACUCGCUGAAUUGAACACCAAAGAUGUAACAGAAAUAUGUAGUAAAAUUAUGUCAACAAUAAACAAAAACAAACCGAAGGAGGAUUGCUCGAAAACCUUGCAAUCAUUCAAAGAAUCAAUGGUUAACCCAAAACUAUUAAGCAUCCUGAAUAAAUAUCCCAAUAUAAAGAAGAACAUAGUCACACGUCUCUCGAAGAACCUUGCUGCAACGCUGGGAAACUCUCCAGCAGAUGUUGAGUCCUUCUCGAUAGACAGUAAUGGGAACCAUGGCACCUACUACACAGGAUUCAAGCGAUUCGAGUUGAUCUACAAGACUACUAACAAUCAGAUAGCAACCAUCAAGAAAGGUUCCAAAUCAUACGACAUUGCCCACGACAGCGAAGGAAACAUCAUCAAAGCUGCACACAAGGGCAUCGACAAGCUGGAGUACGACCCACUGACGCAAAGGGUUUCCAAGAUCGAAAUGACCUCGAAGAAACUGAUCAUCGAGUUCGGCUACGAUCACCUCGGCGAACGAGUCGUGAAGCGUGUUAGGAACACCACUGGUGACGUUUUGUCUGAGUUGUACUACGUUCGAGAUAGCAACGGGAAUACGCUGGUUGAGUACAAGCUGACCUACCCGAAUCCCAAAGAAACUUCGAAACCCAUUGUCACCGUAACUGCCUACAUCCACGGCCCGCUCGGCCUUGUCGGAUUCUUCCGGAAUGACAAGUACUACAGCGUUCUGUUGGAUCACGAAGGAUCAACCCGGUUGGUGAUCCACCAGAAGCGUGUGGUAGCCGCUUACGAUUACAUGCCGUACGGUCAGUUGAUGCGCAAGUUCGGAUCAAGCGCGGAAGCCCACAUCGCGUACCGCUACACCGGGCAAGAGUACGACGAAGAAACCGGACUGUACAACUACCACGCGCGGUUGUACGACCCGGACAUGGGGCGUUUCUACCAGCUGGAUCCGAUGGAGCAGUACCCGAGUCCGUACAAGUACGCCGGGAACUCACCGGUCUCGCAGAUCGACCCGGACGGACAGGUAGCUAUUACGUUGAUCGUCAUUGGGAUCGGGGCGCUGCUGGGAGCGUACUUCGGGGCUGCUUCGGCGAACAACAGCUGGAAUCCGGCGGAAUGGGACUGGGCCAACAAGCGGACCUGGAUUGGGCUGUUCGCGGGAGCACUGGCAGGAGGAUUCGCCGCGUACGGCGGGUUAGCGAGCUUUGCAUACCUUACCUCGCUGUUUGGGGGGUCGUUGACGGCUGCUGGGGUGGUAACUGGAACGCUGGCUGCAGGUGGGGCAUUCCUGGGAGCUGCAGCCGCUACCAACGAGUGGGAUCCCCACAAGUGGGACUGGACUUCACCGAACGUAUGGAACGGACUACUAACUGGAACCGCCGUUGCCGUCAGUCUACCCUCAGGAUUCGUCGGAAUAUCGCGAACGUUCUACUCUUUAGUCUCAAACGCAGCCAAGAUCCUGUACGGCUCCGCCAUGAUCAGCGGAUUCUUGCUACUCGGCUACGUAGGAGGUGCGUUCGCCAACAACUUCAACUUCCGCAUGGACCAGUGGGAUUGGAAGAAUCCCCGGACGUGGUUCGGGAUAAUCGAGGGUUCCGCCACGGUGAUCAUGGCGACGGGAGGAACCGUCAAGCAUGGAGCCUUCAAAACUCACUUCAUAACCUCACCCGGCAAGUUGAAAGGGGCCUGGUAUCGGAUCAACAUUCCGGCGAAGUCCUUCACCGUGAAGGAAACACCCUGGAAGUUCUUCAUCACGUACUACAAGAACGGGCAGAAGGUCGGAUCGCAGAUCAUUGACAUCACGACGCGAAAGGGUUUGCGCAGUAUUCCGCAGGUUUGGCAGGGAACGACGAAGUAUUUUUUCAUAUCGAACGGGCGGAUCGCUGCUGGAAUGGUCGCCAUGGGGACUUAUACCUUUGCAAAGUAUCACAACUACAGAUCGCUGUUCGAGCAAUAUCCGAACGAGACGCAGAAGAUUGGGGUAAAAGAGCAAUUUUCUAGAUCCAGGAGGUAUGCACUGAACUACGAGCCUAGUGCUUCAAAUUCGGCUUCGAGAACAUCGUUCUUUGGUAGCAUUCUACAAACCGUAAUGAACUUCUUCACUGAAAGAGACAUCUUGAUGGAAUCAAUACUAAAUCGUUCAGUUGAACCUAUUCUACCAAGCUUCAACUCCAAGUCAGAUUCUACACAGCAAUUCUCUCAAAAGCUGUGCUACCCUCCAAAGGAUCACAAGAAUCACUUCGUAUGUCCCCAAAGGGAGUCAACCGUAAACGUUUACUCCAAAUCGGAGACAUUCCUCGCCAAAACCUUCGGUCAGGAUUCGUUCAAGAGCUGCUUCCCCAUUACGUGGCAGGGUUAUCCAUCGGUUUCGUGUGACGGCCAGGAAUCGACAUUUGUCUACACUCCUCGACCGCAGUUGCGGGUGUUCGAUAUGGUUGACGGAUGGUUGCUGUUGGCGCGCGUUGCCCCAGCUGCUUUCAGAAGCUUUAAGAAUGGGGUCAGCUUUGUGAAAUCGGUGUUUUCCGGUGAUGUGAAGGGAACUUCGCAGCCCGACGAUAUCCACAAAAAUCCUCGAAAUAAGUUAGAUAGCAUUAAAAGAAUGAUUCAAGAUCAAGAAGGAACAAAAACCACAUGGGCGAUUCCACUGCUCGAAGAUCUCGAAGAAGACAUAACUGAUUAUGAGCGAUCAAGGAAGAGUUCAAAAUACCAAUCAGAUUUGCUGGAAGAACGUUUGGAUGCUCUGAGAGAAGAUGUUCUCGAAGAUAUAAGUUUAACCCUUGCGGUACAGAUGAGUAGUGUUUUGAAGAAUGUUUCCAAUAACCAGAACCCAAGACUAUCACAAUUGUCCUUUGAUUUUAUUGAAAAAUCAAUGACUUCUUUUGAAAGUUCAACGCGUUCGCUAGUACAAUUUUAAAUUGGAUUUUCGAUAAAUAAAUCUUUAAAUAUCUAAAUAAUCUUAAAAAGCUUUCAUGUCGGAUGAAAAACCAUUUAACAUAACUUAAUUAGAAUAUGCUGUAAAUAAUUUAAUCUGCAUAAUUGGUUUAUAAAAUAUUUGUAUAGUUCAUUCAAAAAUAAACAUAUAAUAUCUUGCAAAUCCACUAAAUGUUUCAAAUUGAUUCUCACAUCCACUUUUUCUGCACAUAUCAACUUCAAGAAUAUUUAAUUUCAUAAACAUUAUUCCAAUAACAAUACAAAAACAUUGCGUCACCAUUCGAGGAGCUUCAGUUUUUCCUAAAAUCAAUUUCGGGCCUGAAUGGCAUAAAUCAAAACUUCGUGAUAACCACCCAUUAUUGCGAUGCGAGGUAGAGUCUCUUGACGCUAUUGCUUUUGGGACAACUUUCUGUCAACAUUGUGGUUACUUCACAUUUGUUUUGUGUUGUGGAGUACAGUGGUUCGCAAAAUAUUGUUCACCUAGAUUUUUAAGACUAAACUAUUGUGAUAUAUUUAAAUAAUAAGCCAAAUGAAAAAUAUA